AAAUAUGCUUACCACCAUGGCAAGCCUGUAUACAUUUAACUGUAGGCCUAGUGGAUAAAAUAUAUUGCAGGACAGUGUUGUCUGCUUGGCAACAUCAAGAUGAUUCACUGCUCAGAAACAAACACAGUCCUGCAUUCACUGUUAACACAGCAUAUAUACUUUUCAAUAACUAACUACAGACGAUAUAUCCCAUGAUGUUUUUUUUUUUAUGACAUCAAAUCUGUAGACUCUAAAACCAUGAUUAUUAUUUUUAGUGAACCUGAUCAGGUUCCUGUAGGCUAUAGCCUAUUGUUAGACAGCGCUGCUUUUAGUUAUUCAAAAAAAGUUUGGUUCUGAGAAGUUAGGCUAAAUUAGAUGAAGUCGGAAGAGGAUGGAACAAGGAAGAUGUGUGCGUGUGUGAAGGAGAAGCGGCAGUUCUCGCAGUCGGGUGUAACGUUCAGGUGCGCUUCACACUCAGAGGUGAAAAGUCGGUACGAUGGAUUUUGCCUGACCAACACAGUCUUUUAGGGGAAAAAAACAUAAAACAUGUUGAAGCACCGGUGCAGCGCUGGACAAAAAGUGACAGUCGACUUACGGUUUCUCAUUAAUUUUCACCUCAUACUCUCCUUUAGUUCUCAUUUUUUCCCCAGUUUCAAAUGGCACUUUUCUCAUCCUGUCUUCCCUCUCUAUGGCUCUUAGGUUGGGGGUCCUAAUCUUUCUUUCCACAAACUAACCAAUCUGUUACACCGCUCACUUUUUCUUCAUUCUCCUCAGCCAUCCUCUGUCUUCCCGUUCUCCAUCUCCUCCUCUGUUUUUCUUCUUCUCUUGACCUCUCCUAUCCUCCUUCUUCUCCUCUCUUCUUGUCACCUGCCAUGUCUGUAUCUAUGAGGAACCCACCCCAGCGACGGCGCUCAAUGGGUCCUGUCUCGCCCAAACGCAUCUAUAGAAACCUGUCCGUCAGACUGAGGGGUGGAGAGUCAUGUGUUGCCAGGGAAAUGGACGCCCCCAAACACCUCAGCAAGUCUGCAGAUGCUUACAAGACCCUCUGGGAAGCUGUGGAAAAUGAGGACACUUUGGCUGUACAAAGCUUGCUUUCCAGAGACCACACCAAAUGUGGAAGAGGAGGGGGAACGAUGUGGGAGAGAGGAGAGAAAAAAGAGAAGGAUUGGGAGAGAGAGGGGGAGAAGGGGGUGAACAGAGUGAGCGAACAGGGCCUGGUCCCCCUGGACGUGGCUGCCCUUACCCACAAUUCCCCUCUGCUCCAUGUGUUGACAAAGGCGGGAGCCAAACAUAACCCUGUUUUGUGCCGGCCAGAAGAGUGGGCACUUAAGCUGGAUGCUCUGGUGGCACUGGCGGGUAAUCAAGUGGAGGAGAAGAAGAAAGAGGUAUUGGUGAAGGCCGGGGCAGGGCCUCAGGCACAGGCUGACGUCCAGAGACAUACCCGCCUCUGGAGCCUCAGGCUGCAACUGUACUGCCGGAUGAGAGAGAACUUCCAAAAGACAGAGCUACCUGGGCCUCCCAGUCAUGUGUCUAUACUGGUGACCAGCGCAUCCUCUCUGUUCGUGGCAAUCAAAGAGCCAGAGGGUGACACCAUGGGGCUCAUCACCCGCUACAGAGUGGAAUGGAGCACCUCAUCCAGCUUCAAACGCAUCCUUGCCUCAGCCCAAGUUACAGAGACCAAGAACCCAUCUCAUAGUAUCAAGGGACUCACAUCAGGAGUCCAUUACUUUGUGAGAGUGAGUGCCUACAAUGUGAAAGGCUGGGGCCCGCCUCAGUGCUCUACUCCAGUCAGCGCUGCCCCCUCCAGUUGGAGAGAGUGCAUCGGUGUGAAGUCACAGUUCAGAAACCAUGAGGGCCUUGUUAGGAAACUACUGGAAGAUGCCAGAGAACCACAUUACAGAGGAUACUGCAUAGAGAACUCAAAGCCUCAGAGUCCCAGCAAGCGUCUGUCUAUGUCUCGAGGCAUCAAGCAACUGUUCCAGUCCGCCACCAAGUUUGUUCGUCUCCUACAGAGGGGCACGUACCUGGCUACUGUGUUCUACCACAAGGAAAACAUCCUGGUUACAGCUGAAGAUCAAAUCCCACUCGUGGAGAUCCAGUGCUGCCCCACCUCCAUCGCCCACGACUUUUCUUGGUUUGCCAAGUUGUCCUGUGCAUGGCAACAAGUGCCCUGGCUCCAGCAGGCCCUUUCCUCUGCUCACUCAUCCCCCUCCUCCCUCCUUCAGAACAGGCACAACAUUUUAAGAGCUGUUUCCCAGUUGCAGUCUUCCUUGGCAACAGUGGACCUGGGCCAGGUGUACUAUGAACCUCUGAAAGACCGGCAGGGCAAUGUCUUACUGGUGACUCUGAAGGAGUUCCCAAACCCUCCCAGCCCUCCUGAACCUCCGUUCCACUGGAUGCCCCUAACCCGCCUGGAAAAGAACCGCAGCAGAACUCCUCUGCUGCCGGAGCCCACUGCCAUGGACCUGCUCUAUGAGCAACUCAAGGAGAAACUAUCUUUCCACAGGAACAGCAUUCAGUGGGCCCAGCCGGGUCUGUACGUGGGAAUCCUGAAACUGUGCAGCUCGGUAGAACAGAUCAGGGUCCUGGCACCCCUGAGGCUGCCCAAUCUACUCUGCCACACACGGAUCCGACACAACGCGCACGUUUCCAGAGAGGAGUGGGCAUGGCUUCAGAGUCAUGUUUACACCACAACCAAUGGCAGUGUUCAGAACCUGUUGAGCGGCGAGGAUGAGAGCAUCAUGGAGAGCAGCGGGCUGGUGGAGUUCAUCAGGUCUCUGAGAGCAGCAGUCACACAUCUUCUGACAAAGCUCAACAUCCCCCUCUACAGGGCGUAUCAGUAUGGUGUGUACACCCGGGAGCUGCUGCAGUUUGGAGACAAGCUGUCCAUGCUGCUGCUGCUGCCUCCCAGUGAGGACUUUAGCUCCAGCUACUGGCCUGUGGUGGGGACCAAGGAGCCUGGGCUCACCAUGCCCCUGCAGAUCUUUGAGCUGGUUCACUUCUGGACAUAUGAGCGGGACUUCCUGUCCCAGUACUGCCAGGCCUGGGUGAGGCUAGAGCUGGACACUCAUCUGGCCCAGCAGGCUCUGCGGGAGGCACUGGACACCAGGGAGAUGCAGGAAGCCCGAGAGUGCUUGAACCACAUCACUGAGCUUUCCCAGCGUCUGGAUGUGGUGUGGAGGGAUGCCCGCUGGAUUAUGGACUGUCUACAGUGCGUUCGGUCUAAGCAGUGGGUGGGGGCGGUGCCUCUAGGCCUGGUGAUGGGAGGAGACCCACCUGCACGUCCUGAUGGUGAGGAAGAGGAGAGUUUGACUGCCAGACUGACGUGGCCCCAUCGGAUACAAGCACAGAGAACCAUUACAGAGAGUUUAGUCAGCGAGACUCCCCCAAAUGUUGUCACCGCUGAGAUUGCCGCUCCUGCAGGAAUCAUGGCUGUUCCUGAAGAGCCUGCACUGGUGUUAACGGAGGGCGUGGUGGAGGGUGGAUACCCAGUAGACAUUGGUGCGCAAUCAGCUGUUGACUUGACAAGCGCUGGGCAGUCAGAAUCAGGAUGUGCAAGCGUUUUAAUCGACUCUGGACUGGAACCUGCUGCUGUUGCACAGUUGGAAAUUGGGUAUACAGUUUUGGACGCUCAGGAGGCCUACAGUGGGGAACAGGACUUUCCUUCCAGCAUCACUGAGGUAAUCCAGCCAAUGGAGAUGGCAGAGUUAGUGGACAUCUUGCCCACGCUGAGUCUUAUUGAGGAGGAUACCUCCAGUGGCCUGUCCACACCAUCAGUGAUGGAAAUGCUAGAGAACUUUGGACUGGGGAUUGGUGAAAACAACAUCGCCUUAGACUUAGAGAAUUCAAACUUGAUGAAUGGAGCCGGGUGUCUGUCACAGGCCAGCGUGCACUAUAACAGCAGCAGCAAUGUGAGAGAGACACUUUGUGAGACUACUGUGUUACAAAGACAAGACAUGUCCGCGUCUCCUGCCACAGGUGGUGACAUGUCCGUUUUGAGCUGGGAUUUUCCUCCAAAGGAUUCACAGUCUGAGCAGGUUUCCAGCAAGGGAGCAUGCUUUCCAGCGAGAAACCAUGUGGAGUGGGACAGACCCUCUAAUAGCUCAUCCUGAUAUCGACCCAAGUACCAGCCUGCUUUGAACUUGUAUCAGUUAAAAACUAAUCAGUAGGCUGCACAUGGUUGACCAACUGUGAGAAAAUUCAAGUUUCUAACAGGCUUGGAUAUUAAAAUUUUCAUGAUUCUGACUGUCAACCAGUGGCCACCUGCACAGGUAAUAUUACCUGUUGUAGAGGAAAAUUCAAGUGAUAUCUAGACAACUUUAUUUAACACAUCGUUACAGCUGAUCUAAUGGUGGAUGUGGGAAAUGAAAAAAAAGACAUGAUUUAUCUUGUUUGCACAUUUCUGUUUAGUUUAUCUUUUCUAAUGUUCCGUUCAUCAGAGCUUCUUGUGUGGAAAAAUUAAGCUAGUAAUUUUUAUGACUUGAAUAUCCAUCACUCACUACAGCACAAAGCAACACUGCUGCCUUUUGGAGCUAGUAAACAAACUAAGCAUACGAUUCAGUAACAUGGCAGAGUUUGCUUUGCAGUCUAUGAAAUAAUGUAUGUGUUAUUGAAUAGUUGUUGUUCUCUUUGAUUUACCUGUGUGCACUUUAUGGCCUUCCAUAACAAGUACACAGUAGCAACAUGUAUAAUCCUGUUGAUUAUACAUUAACCGCUACAGGUCCUACCAGUUUCCAGUUCUGUCAAUUCUGGUAUCCGGAAACUCUAAUGGAAACUGUGCAUGCACAGUAAAAAAUAAAUAAAUCAAUGCGUAAAGAAACAUGUGAGCUUUGCUUUGGAGUUGAUUUAGCAUUUUCAUCUGUAUUUACUGUAUCUUAUCCACCUCCUGCAUAGCAUCCGGUCAGUCAACUGAGCUGCAGAGAAAGAGAGAAAGGGUAUUGUGCCAAAUGGAUGAAAAGUUUGGCCUUAAAGGAAUUACCACAGAGACAUUUCAGGUGUGUGUGAUGAGUGGCAGAGUUAGGUGGUUUUCCUAGUUGAACCUCUUUGCUGUAGUUUCUUUACAAAAGACCUGCUAAAUUAAGUUAUGUACUCUUAGCAGACUAAAAAUACAAGAAUAGAAUAUAGUUGAAGAGAAGAAAAUAGUUUGGAAAAGCUUUUCCUUGCAGCUCAGUGCCUUUCAACAAAAGUCAAAAUAUGGUUAUUUUCACUGGGGUUUUACAUUUUGCAUUGCCAUAGGUCAUUGUGUAUUAAACUGGUAAGUGAGUUUAAAGUGCCCAAACUAAUGUUGUUAAAAAAUCCCAUUAAAUACUGCCUGUGAGGCUUUCACAUAGUG